CUCACCCUCAAACUGCUUUUUCUCUCUCUUGUGUACGAAACCGCAAACUCUAAGAAAAUCAAUCGAUUCUGUUUCGCGUUUUUUAGGUUUUUUUUUUUUUAAUAUGGAGGAAGUGGCUUGCAAGAAGCGAGUUCGAGUCGACUCGGACGAGUUGGGGAUCGACUCGCCGGAGGUGAAGAGACUCAGGGAGGAUCUGUUGGAUGACCUAGAUGAAUUCGAGCUCUGCACGGCGGAGCAGGAUCUGGAUUCCUUCAUGAAGAGCUUCGAGGAGGAGAUUACGGCGUCGCCGCCGCCGGCCGCGGCGGCGGCGGUGGUUGAUUUGACGUCGGAGUCCGGCGAGUCUCAGCCGGAUCUCGGAUACCUAUUGGAAGCCUCGGACGACGAGCUUGGCCUUCCGCCGGCUACGGCGUCGCCGCCGGCGGAGGAAGCGGAGAAGCCGGAGUUGAUCCGCGUUUCCUCUGACUCGGCCGAACUCACCGGCGAUUUGUGGUGCCUGGAUGACCAUAUCGCGAGUUAUGACUCGUACGAGUUUGGAAUCGUCGACUCGGAGAACUAUAACAUCAACGGCGGUGAAUACGCUGCGCUGGAUGGGUUAUUUGACCAUUCGGAUCUUGCUUACGGGUCGGGUGAUUAUCUGUGGAGACCCGAGACCUUACCGGCAAAUUAGAAGUUUAGAUAGGAAUAGAAAAUGUAAAUCUUUUUUUUAAAUUACUUUUAUUAUUAUUUUAUUUUAUUAAAUCAGAAGCGGAGAAAAAGAGUAUACUUAAUUACUGGAAAAAAAAAUUGAAAAUACCGAUGCUAAAAGGGAUGGUUUUAGCCUAUGCUUGUCGGUGCCUAGUCUCAAUUUUGAACAUUUAAUUUAAUUUUACAGAAA